AUGGCGAAGAAGGCUGUUCAAAAAGCCCCAGAGCUGAUGGUUAUCGGAGCCGGCUGGGGAAGGACAGGGACCAACUCGACGAAAUUGGCGCUUGAGAAGCUUCUGGGUGGUCCCUGCUACCACAUGUUCGAGAACGGCAUCAAGAAGGACUUCAAGCGGUGGCUGGAUGCCUAUGCCGGGAAUCCUGAUUGGGAUGCGAUCUUCACCCACCACGACGGGAAACAGUUCUACAAGGCCACCCUUGACUACCCUUCCUGUGGCCUUUACAGGGAGCUCAUGGAGAAGUAUCCCAAAGCGAAAGUGCUCCUGAACGUCCGGGAUCCGGAGAAAUGGUACGACAGCGUGAUCGACACGAUCUGGUCCCCGGAGUGCCCGGAGCAGAACUGGUCGGUGCGGAUCUUCCAGGAAGGCCGGGACUUCCAAGCCCAGGCCCGCGCCUUUCACAAGGCAACGAUGCUCCCCGGGGUGGAGAGGACGGAUCGCGAGGGCUCCAUCAAGUCCUUCAAAGCUUGGAUCGAGAAGGUGAAGGAGACGGUGCCUCCGGAGAGGCUGUUGGUCUUUGACGUCAAGGAGGGCUGGGAGCCCUUGUGCAAGUUCCUCGACGUGCCCGUCCCGAACGAGCCUUUCCCCAAUGUCAAUGACAAGGAUGAGAUCAAGGCAAGCUUCAAGAAGCUCCUGAGGUUCACAUACGCAGCCAACGCGCUGUUGUUCGCUUGGUGCGUUGGCAUGCUCGUGCUUUUCGGGUGGGUUGCGCGGAAGUUCAUGGUCUAG